AUGUCUACAGCAGUCUCUCAAAGCUUCAAAUGCUGCAGCAGCAACUGCAAAGACACAGAAGAAGGCCUGAGUUACUUGGAUGUUAGCUCCCUUAUUUCUCUCUUUUUCUCCACAGCUCCUGCACAAGCUCAGAUCAUUCAUGCUGGGCAAGCAUGUGUGGUAAAGGAAGAUAACAUCAGUGAACGAGUGUACACUAUCCGUGAGGGCGAUAUCCUUGUUCUGCAGUGCUUGGUUACGGGACAUCCGCGACCACAGGUGAGGUGGACCAAAACAGCUGGCAGCGCCUCAGACAAAUUCCAGGAGACGUCGGUGUUCAAUGAAACCCUUCGGAUUGAGAAGAUCCAGAGACUGCAGGGGGGUCGCUAUUAUUGUAAAGCGGAAAAUGGGGUUGGGGUCCCUGCCAUCAAGUCCAUUCGAGUAGAUGUGCAGUAUUUGGAUGAGCCCAUCCUCACUGUCCACCAAACCAUCAGUGAUGUCCGUGGCAGUUUCUACCAGGAGAAGACAGUCUUCCUUCGGUGCACAGUCAACUCCAAUCCGCCAGCUCGCUUCAUCUGGAGACGGGGUUCUGAGACCCUUUCCCACAGCCAGGACAAUGGAGUGGACAUCUACGAACCACUGUACACACAGGGAGAAACCAAAGUCCUGAAGCUGAAAAAUCUGCGACCUCAAGACUAUGCCAGUUACACCUGUCAGGUGUCUGUCAGAAAUGUAUGUGGCAUUCCUGAUAAAUCAAUCACCUUCGAACUCACCAACACAACAGCUCCACCAGCUCUAAAGCUGUCUGUGAAUGAGACCUUGGUGGUGAACCCAGGAGAUAACGUCACCAUACAGUGCUCAUUAACUGGCGGCGACCCCUUGCCCCAGGUGUUCUGGUCACACUCGCCCAGCCCUCUGCCCCGCCACAGCCUGGUUAAAGGGGGCAACCUCACCAUCUGGGGCAUCAGCGUGGAGGAUUCGGGAUACUACAACUGUACAGCUAUCAACAACGUGGGAAACCCAGCCAAGAAGACAGUGAAUCUGUUGGUGCGAUCCAUGAAAAAUGCUACAUUCCAAAUUACUCCUGAUGUGAUCAAAGAGAGUGAGACCAUCCAGCUCGGGCAGGACCUGAAGCUCUCCUGCCACGUGGAUGCCGUCCCACAAGAAAAGGUUUCCUACUCCUGGUUCAAGAAUGGGAAGUUGGCCAAGCUCUCUGAUCGGCUAGUUGUCAUCCGGAAUGAUCCAGAACUUCCACCAGUGACAAGCAGCUUGGAGAUAAUUGACCUCCGCUUCACAGACUAUGGCACGUACCUGUGUGUGGCUUCCUUCCAAGGGGCACCAAUCCCCGACCUCAGUGUUGAGGUGAACAUUUCCUCUGAAACAGUGCCUCCAAUCAUCAUGGUGCCGAAGGGUCAGUCCACCAUCACUGUCCGUGAAGGCUCCAGAGCAGAGUUGCAGUGUGAAGUCCGAGGAAAGCCCAAGCCUCCCAUCAUCUGGUCCAGAAUAGACAAGGAGACGCCUAUGCCUUCAGGUGCCAUGACAGUGGAAACCAGUGAUGGCAAGCUGCAUUUGGAAAAAGUGACCCGAGAAAUGAGUGGGACUUACAAAUGCCAGACAGCCAGGUACAAUGGCUUCAACAUUCGACCCCGAGAAGCCCUGGUGCAACUCAAUGUACAGUUCCCCCCAAUGGUGGAGCCUGUUUCCCAAGAUAUCCGGCAAGCCGUGGGACGCAGUGUCACCCUUCGCUGCACCAUGCUAAAGGGCAGUCCAAUGAAGGUGGCGACAGCAGUCUGGCGAUUCAAUGGAAGUCUUUUAACUGUGCCCCCAACAGAGCAGCAGGACUACUCGGAGUAUAAGGUGGACAGCCUGAGCCGGGAGACUAGCGGCAACUAUGAAUGUAGCAUCUCCAAUGAUGUUGGGGUAGCAACCUGCCUCUUCCAAGUAUCUGCUAAAGCUUACCACCCCGAGUUUUACUAUGAUACCCCUAACCCUACCAGGAAGCAGUCCAAGAACUACUCCUAUGUCUUGCAGUGGACACAGAAGGAGCCCGAUGCUGUUGACCCCAUCCUCAGUUACCGGCUAGAUGUCCGUCAGCUGAAUCACAAGGACUUGCCCCCCAAAUCAAUUUCUGUGCGGAAGAUGGAAAAGGGCAUGCUACAGGAACACCUCCUGACCGACCUGAAGGUGCCACAGAGCUAUGAAGUUCGCUUGACACCCAUCACGCGGUUUGGGACUGGGGACACGGCCACCCGCAUCAUCCACUAUAUAGAACCAAUCAGCUAUCCCAACCCAGUAGGUAACACUUGCCACUUUGAAGAUGAGAAGAUCUGUGGUUAUACACAAGAUACGUCAGACAACUUUGACUGGACUCGUCAGAGCAGCCUAACCCAUGAUCCCAAGCGCUCUGCCAAUACAGGCCCAACUAUGGAUUUCAGUGGGACACCAGAAGGCAACUACAUGUUCAUCGAAGCCUCUGCACCACGGGUGAAGGAUGACAAAGCUAGGUUAAUCAGUCCAAUGUACAACAUGACUGCCCGAUUCUGCAUCUCCUUCUAUUAUCACAUGUAUGGGAAGCACAUUGGCUCCUUAAAUCUCUUGGUUCACGUGAAGAAUAAACAGCCCACUCAAGCCUUGUCACUCAAAGGGGAUAGAGGAAAUACCUGGCAACAAGCACAUGUACCUAUCAACCCUGCCGGACCAUUCCAGAUUAUCUUUGAGGGUGUCCGUGGAACAGGCUCAGAGGGAGAUAUCGCCAUUGAUGAUGUCACACUAAAAAAGGGUGACUGUCCAAGGAAGCCAGUUGUCCCAAAUAAAGCGGUUGUCCUUCCAGGAAAUGAUGCCACCACCCAACACAAAUCUUCCAUCUGUGGACCGCUACUUUUCUUCCUUUAUGUACUGCUCAGAUGAUAGCAAGCGAACACUCCUGCCGUCUAACUGAGACAUUCCUCCUCCUUUCCUACUUGGUCACCUCUGCUCCUCUUCCUCCCCCUCCUCACUGGCACACCAAAGUGUCCAUAUAUUACCAAAGACUAACAAGCAUGACCACACAAAGGGGAUCCUGCUCAGAACCUGAAGGAUUCCUGGAGGAAGUCAUAAUGUCUAAAAAUGAAACAGAUGUUGAUAAAACAAAAACCACAUGAGAAAGAGGGAGGAAGAAAUGGAAAGAAGAGAUGCAAAUAUUGGAAUGAAAGGCAAAGAAGAGAAUGAAAAAGAUAUUUAAAAGGAUAAAUGAAAGGUGGAAAACCACGUUUCCCUGGGAACAGUGGACGGGACUUCCUCAGGGAAGUGGGGACUUUUGUUUUAAACAAAA